AUGCCCACUGAAGAGCCCGAUCCACCAGAUGACGCGAGGAACGGACUCUCUGUGCUGGGCGUUCUACCACGCCUUAGCGAGAACUACGCCGUGCCCAUCGCUCAGCCGCCGCCUCGUGAGCCGUCACCAGAAGUAGUGGUAGGAACGGUUUAUCCGUUCGAGCCUCCAGACUCACCGACGGCGUGGGAGCCACAUCCAGACAUUGAAUUAGUUCCCGGCGGCGGCGAGGGAUCGUCAAAGCCGCCCACUGCUUCGCCGUCUACUGUCAGCACCGCGCCCGUGAAGCGACCGCGUGUGGGAACAACGUACAAGCAGCAGACGCUCUGGGGCGCCCCUCCUCCCCGAAACGCUACUCCCCACGAGCGCUCUGCUCCUUCUGCCGAUCCGAAGCCACCCACCGCUCUGGCGGAUGCUGAGUAUGAGUCGGUGAAGAAGACCUUGAAGGGUCAGUGGGCAGGUAGCUUCAAGUGGUUGCGUUUACUGCGCAUGUCUAACGGCCGUCCGUCUCUGAAGUGUGCUAUUUGUGUGAAGCAUGGAUACCCACUAGCGCACACCGCGUACGGACCGAGGGGUGAGGGUGCGCGGGAUCUCCAGAUCGGCAGCAUCCGCACUCACACCUCAUCCCGUGCACACAAGCAGGCGUUGGAGAGUCAAGAGAAGGCGGAGGCGGAGAAGGCGAAGCAGGCUUCUAUCACACGCUGGCAGGCCACGGAUGCAUCCACUCGUCACAUCAUUCGGCUCCUCCACAUCGCGCAUUUUGUGGACAUCACCCUUGUUGCGCACAUCGUGCAGCAGACAAGGCUGCGUCUGAAGACGCGGUAUUCCCUCCACGACCCUACACAUCAUUUCGGCAGCGGGGAGAAGAUGCAGCUUCCCGAGUUCAUUAAGAGCCUCGGGAAAACGGACAAGCGCGAGAUGAAGGCGGAGGGCGUAGACGGGGACGGGAAUCCCGUGACGUUUGAGUUCACGCUGCACGGGCGCCCGCUGCCUGGACACGAGACGGGAGGCGAUUUUACGGCGUGCGUCGAGCUAGCGAUCAAGCACGUGCGCGCCAUUGACAAGGAGGUGGAGUGGCGGAUGCGAGACCUGGAGCUUAUGGAAGGCUCGAAGCUUUUCCGCACAGCCUCGUACGUGUCCGACGACACGAAGCGGCUGGAAACCUUCAAGAAGUGGCUCGGCCAGCUGCACAAGCUGUACCACCACAUGCUGCCUGGUAAGCCUUCCGUUGCGCUUGCACAUGUUAUCAUGUUUGUUGUCGCUCUCAUGCCUGCCUUGAGGUUGACCAUUGCACAUCCUGCAUACUGUGGCUUGUUGGACUAA